AUGGCUGACGAGGGACGUGGAUUAACUGAAGAAGAAAAGAAAGCUCGAAAGAAAGCUGAACGUGAACGUAAACGUCAAGAAGCUCGUGAUGCAGCUGAAAAGAAGAAACGUUUUGCGUUAACACCUGAAAAGAAGCGUAAACUUCGGCUUCUUAUUAUGAAAAUGGCAACAGACAAUCUUAAAAAUGCUGCUGAACAACGAUCGGCUGCUCGUCAAAAAUAUAUUCAAGAACGUCUUGAACCAGCUCCAGAUGAUUAUAAUCGUCUUAAUGAAGCUCAACUCGUAUCAAUGGUUAAAGAACUAUUUAAACAAUUAAGUGACACACAUGAAUUACAAUAUGAUUAUGAUAUGAAAAUUCGAAAACAAGAUUACGAAAUUAAUGAAUUAACAAUUAAAGUAAAUGAUGCUAAAGGCAAAUUUAUAAAACCAACAUUAAAAAAAGUAUCAAAAACUACACAAAAAUUACAAAAAUUACAAAAACCAAAAGAAGAAGAAGUUGAUUUUCGUGCUCAUCUUAAACAAUCAACAAAUAAAUUUGCAUUGAAAGAUGAACAUAAAGAAGAAGAUAAAGUCAAUUUUCGAGAACAAAUACAAUUGAAAUCAACUAAAGGCGAUCAUCAUCAUGAAGAUGAAUAA